GAGAGGGGGAGGGAGAGAGGGAGGCAGGGCACGGCAGGCGCCGGGCUGCCUCCGGCUUGGCUGCGGGGGGAGUUCGGCAUGGCCGGGGGCGGCCGGAGCGGCAGCAGACACGCCGGUACCGGGCGGCACCCGCCGCGCCCGGGGACAAGGGGACUGCAAGGUGGCGGCGUGCAGCCCCCAGCGCCGCGGGGCCCCGAGCCGCGGGGGCUCUGCAGACACCGAGGCUCUGGGGAACCCCUGGGGCUGGCGGCGAGGGGGUGCUGGGGGUGCCGGGGCACCCACACCGCCACCCAGCCAGCUCCCCCGCUGCGUUCGGUACCCCCGGGCUCGCCUGUGCCCCGGCGAUGCGGGCUGAGCCCCGGGGCCGCCCGCCCGGCGGGGAUGCGCCGUGCCCGGCCGGAGCUGCGGCUGCGGUUGCGGGGCCGCCCGGCUCGGUAGCCCAGCUCCGCAGGUUGCAUCCGGACAGCACUUCACCAGCUGUUUUGUGCAUUUUCUAAUUUCGUGCAGAACAGGGCAGCGGUCAAAGAGGUAAUCUGUAGAUCCGUGGCUUUAAGGGAUAAAUUAGAGCAUUGGAUUUGAUCCGUAUUGCAGUGGAUUAGAGCAACCUCUCCCCCCUCCCCUUCUCCUCCCCCCCCCCCCCCCCUCCAAUUCACUCCCCCCUCCUCCAGCACCACCUUUUUUCUUCUCAUGCAAUACCAAAACUGACCCUGCCUGGCAGAGGGACGGUGCUGGGCGAGCAGAGCGGUGCCCACAGCGCCGGCCGCCGCGGGAGCCGGCUCUCUCUUCCAGCCUCCGCAGCCCCGCCGGGGCAUCGCCGCCGCAAGUGCCCGGAGGCAGGCGCCGGGGCCGGGGGUCUCCUCUGGGCGCCGGGAAGCGGUCGCAGCCCACGGGCUGUCCCCUUGCCCCGACCCGGCCGGGGCCGUGGGGCGGGGGCGAGAGGCCCCCGGGGGGCGUUUGCCGGAGGCAGCGGGGCCGGGACCGGCAGGAAAUGGAAGGAUGAAGUGUGCAGCCGGAGCGGUGAUGUUCCUUCUCUCCUUGCUUUCCCCUGCAGGAACGUAAUCCGCAAUGCUAGUUCUCAGGUUGCUCAAUGUUGUCGCUCCAGCCUACUUCUUGUGCAUCUCCCUAGUGACCUUCGUCCUCCAGAUCUUUCUCUUCAUCCCCAGCAUGUUCAGAGACCCUUCCACCACCCCACUUUUCUCUCCUGCUCUGCUGCAUGGGGCCCUCUUCCUCUUCCUCUCAGCUAAUGCCAUGGGCAACUACAUCCUUGUGAUCCAGAGCUCCCCCGAGGACUUGGGCAAGGGCUUAAACUUGGGCAAAGGAGCCGAAGUGGUGGCGGACUGGCUGGAUGGAAGCAGGUCCCCUGGCUCAGCCUUGCCUAGCACUCACUUCUGUAGACUGUGUGCCAGAGUCACCCAGAGGCAUGACCACCACUGUUUCUUCACAGGGAACUGCAUCGGGAGCAGGAACAUGCGAAACUUCAUCAUGUUCUGCCUCUACACCUCCCUGGCUUGCCUCGACUCCCUGGUGGCAGGCAUGGCUUACAUUUCUGUGGCACUCUCCAUGUCCUUUGCGAACCCGCUGGCCUUCCUCACUCUUCUGCCUCACUCCAUCAGCCAAUUCUUCUCAGGUCCACUCACCGCCUCCGCUGCCACCCACCUCCUGCCUCCUGCCAGCACAGACUUGCUGAGAUCUUGCCAUCCCUCCAGCACAGGAGAAUUGGGGUUAAGGCAACAGAAACCAAGAGAGGAGUUGAUGGGACAGGAUGAGGCACCUUUCUUAUGACCCUAGUCUGGGACAGAAGUCUGCAGAGAACCAGGGGAAAUUCUCUGUUCCUGCUCUUUGCAAGACCUCCACCCAAAAGCAUCUCUCUCUUUCUCCUUGUCCCCAUCCCUUACCCUUCCUUCUGCUUCUUCUCAUUUCCUCUCUCUCCCUGCCUUUCCAUAAAUCUCCACAACCCUUCCCCCUCCUGAUUCUGCUCCCAUAACUCUUCAUCUGCUCUUACAGCCUUGCCUCUUCACCUCUCAGCAUGCCCUCAAACUCUCCAGCCUCAGCCCUUCCCCGGUGCAAACCCAGGAGCUAGGUAAAACCUGAUCUCAGAGAAGAGACUGUGCAGGUAGCCUAGACUGUUCCUCUGCCCUGAAAGUGACUGCAGAAAAAUGCCGUUCCCCCACUAUGCAGCUCAUACCUUGCACACUUAGAUCAGCUUUCGUUAGACUAAAAUAGGUAUGCCAUAUAUUUUAGCUUUGCAGAUUCAGCUGAUCUCGGUAAGAAGGGACUGGAGUCUGUUUUGGCUCAUGCACCAUCACCAGAAGAGUUGAUUAUGAUCUGAGCAUGGAGUCUCCACUGCUGGGGAUACAGGAGCCAGAGAGGCCCCAGCUUGCUUUUCAGAUUCCAGGCUGGGUUUGCAGGGUUGCCAUCUGAAAACAAACAAAUAUCUCUCUACUUGGCAAAUUAGCAGAUUUGUCAUGGUAAUCACUGAGAGACAAUAAACAUGAAAUCCUGCCAUGACAUUUUUAUGGAGUCAUUUUUCCAAGCAGAAGAAUUUUUGUAAAUAAUGUUGCACAAGCUUCACUAGCAUUAAAAACACUGGGAAUGAUUUUCUGGUCUGCUCUGCUAAGCUCUGCUCAGCACAGCAGCCUGGGAGGGGGAGCAGGGAUGUGGGAGGCAAUUACCAGGGAAUUAGUUCUCUCUCUCUGACUCUGAGGGCUCAUCUACACCGAACCGGUCCUGGCUUAUGUUUGAAGAGCCACUGAAGUGCCCCAGCUCUGGUGGCAGCAACUGCAGUGCCACAGGCAGCCCGUGGGCAGUGUCUGAGUGGGACACCACUGGGCUGGGUGCAGGGCUGGGAACUGGGAGCCAAAACACCCUCAAGAGACAGCAGCUCCCACCAAACCUCCAGCUCAGAUGGGGUGAGAACUGCUGCUUCACACAGCAAUAUACGGCCACGGGGCACCCCAGUUGCUUGGGAGGAAGGACAAACUGGGUUUCUACUGGUGCAUUUAAUCUCCAGUACAGGAAAGAAAACCACAGCCUGGAAUAGUUACCUGGAAGGGUUGUCCAUCUGAUAUUUUUUAGCUAACAUAACUGUUACUUCAGGGUUGUGGUAGGAUCCAAAGAGAGCACUGUUACAUCAAGGAAAUGCUUUACCCUUCUUCUUAUCCCUCAUGUCCUCUGCACUGGAGGAGGAGUAAAGGAGCAUGAAGGGUGAAUUUCCUGGUCUUAUGUCAACUGAGUGUUCCCUGCUUUCCUGCUGGAAAAAUUUUCAGUUGGCUCAUUCUGCCCAGACUGUGCUCAGGCAUGGAUUUCAGAAUCUGACCCAGAGCCUAUAAUUUCAGUCUGUGAUUCAGCUUUUCUGGCAUAGAUAAUAUAUGGCAAUAAGCUUGAGAUCACAUCAGGUCAGUUAGAGCAGAAGUGAAUCCGAGACUAAAAUGGACUGUGGUGAUGAGGGACAAAGGAAGAGCACCUUUGUAAACACUGGCCAGACUGGAUCCACAAAAGAAAUUAUAGAAAAUGCUUUAUGUAGGUAACCUGAAGAAAAGGUUAAAAAAAACCAUAUAUGUGGAAAGCACGGCUCAGAGAUGCUUAAUAUUUGCAAAGGGAAACAAGGGUAAUUACUUUCUUGAUGUUGAAUAUGAGCAGCUCAUAGAAAUAAAGCUUACAGAUGCCUUGCAAAGGCUCUAAGGAAAAUAGCUGUCUUUCUCCAUAUCCCAUCUGAACAUCAGCUGUAGGAAAGAACAAAUGUCUGGCACACUCUGGGCCAGCAAAAGAGGGGUAGAGAAGCCCGUAUUUAGCUCUGGGCUUCCUACCUGAUAGAUUAAGUUAUUCCGACAGAAUUGGUAUGAGGAUUUGUCAUCGUCCUAAGGGGCUUGUUCCUCCCUUGCUGCAUUGCAUACAAGGCCCACUGAGCUGAAUGGGAUCUAAUGAGAAAGGAAAGAUGACAUUGCAUUUAGGAAGAAAACUGAAUGACUCCUGUGCCUUUUUCAAGUGAGGACAAUCUCUGAAAGCUUGAGGCUGUAGUCAGUGUCCUUACAAAUCAUCCUCAGAGGAGCCUGCUGGCUGAGCCCAAAGCUUGACAUGAUUGUCAUGGGUCAGCCCCGAUCUCUCACUUGCAGCACUGCCAGGUGGGGAAGCCAGGAUUCACAGAUUGCAAGAACAGAAGACACUACCUAAUCCAGCCUUCUGUAUAAGAGAAGCCAGAGAUGCUUAUCCAGCCACCCUUGUAUUGAACCUAAAACCUGAGGCUGCCACACACCUCUGCUGCCCAUGCCAUCUCUGCUCCAGCAGAAUUGCUUCUGUAGGGCCUUAGAGCAACCAGAGCUUUCACCUGCCCAAGUCUGCCCCGUGGGCUUCCAGAGGGAUGGGAGCACGUGAGAGCUUUUUCAUUCCUAAACCUCACAAGAACCAGUGAGAGGAUACCAGCUAUUUAUAUCAGUAUUGACACACAUCUAAUUUUCUUUGUGUGUCUGUGUGUAAAUAUGGGUCUUUAGUAAUACACCAAUAUACACAAAAUAUAUGUGUACACAUUCAUAUACACACACAGAGAAUAUUAUUUUAAUGGGUUUAGGUCUGCCUACACACUGAAAGGUCACUCAGUGAUACCUGCUAUUACACUAAUAUUUUCCAGAAGGAGAUCUAAAAUCAUUGUAGAGGAAAAGGUCCACAGAAUAUUUUUAUGUAAAUAGUCUCAGCGUAAAUAUACAACACAAAACAUGUUGAAUUAGGAGCUUCAGACCUACAAAGUAUUUUGAGUAUUCUAGCACAGCUUUAAAAAAGGAAUUUGGAUUGCAUUUUUGAAAUUAUCCGUUUCUUGCAUUCAUAUGAAAACUGCCUUUGCCCAGUGGUAGGAAAGUCAUUACUGAUUUAUUUUUCUUUUUUAACAUAUUAGAGAGAGAGAAAAAUCCAAAACCUUUCUGCCUAGUAUCAAUGCACACAGUAAGGCUUCUAGAAGCAUCUGCAUGCUGUAGGACCCACAUCUCUUUUCAAAAGAAACCUGGAAAACUUAGAUUCACUGACAAGCAGGUAGAUUCUUAAAUAAAUUAACCAUUCUUCAAAACAGCGCUGAAGUCUUACAGACAUGCUUCACUUCUGGCUGAAUUUGCCCCUGUAAUCUAGAUCCUCACAUUAACAGCAAAGGGAGAAGUGUAUGGGGAUCAUUAUCCCAUUUUUUUCCCCAGUGGGGUCCAUUGCAUCAGAUGCUACAACGGAACGAUU